CGCAGGCGGAAGGCCGCCAACCGACCGCUGCCUGCCUAAAUCCCAAACCGAACUGCGUAGCACCGCGCCACUACACGAACCUGGACUUCACCGCCAGCUCGUCCAAAACAUCUCCUAAGGAAUGACAGCGGCCUGCAUUUGUCCUUUCUUCGACAAGAACAAGAUGUUGAACUAUAGCCGAGCGUGCGCCGGCGCGAGCGGCCAAGUCAAUUCGAGCCGCUACAAGACUGAGCUGUGCCGGCCUUUCGAGGAGAACGGAUCUUGCAAGUACGGUGACAAGUGCCAGUUUGCCCACGGCGUGCACGAGCUGCGCAGCCUUACCCGUCACCCCAAGUACAAGACUGAGCUGUGUCGCACCUUUCACACCAUUGGAUUCUGCCCGUACGGCCCCCGUUGCCACUUCAUCCACAACCCCGAGGAGCGCCGCGGUCCCCCGCCCCUUUCCGCCUUCAACAAGAUGGGGUGCUCUCGCCUCCAGCACAGUUUGAGCUUCGCGGGCUUCCCCAGCUCCGGCGGCUCACAAGACAGCCCCGCCUUGGUCAGCCCGCCUCCCAAUCGCUCCACUGAAGACCUGACCGAGUGGUCCAGCGAUCCCUUCACCUACUCGAGACAGGAGAUUGCCAGCCUGUUUGGCCCCAGUGUGGGGCCCCCACCUGUUUGUGAGCCUCAGCCUCCGGCCCCACUUUCCCCCACAAUCCCCUGCUUUUUUCACCCAGCCUCAGAUGGCCCCCCCAGUCCCCUCAACUCUUUAUCUGACCAGGAGGGUUACCAGAGCAGUCUUGGCAGUCAGAGUGGCUCGGAGUCCCCCCUCCUUGAUGCAUCCCGCCGCCUCCCCAUCUUCAGCAGGCUCUCUGUUUCCGAUGAGUAAACUAAUUGCUAAUAUGGAGUGAAGUGAGGAAGAUGAAGACCGCUCACUCCUCAGCUCCGUUUACACAAGAACUCUAAUCACAAUAUCAGAUGCCUUUUUUUUUUUUUU